AUGACCGUCCGACGUGGAGAACGUGCUCCAGUCCCUAUCCGGGAACAUAUGGCCAUUGAUGUGUCCCCAGGGCCAAUCCGGCCCAUUGCCCAAAUCUCUGCCUAUUUCCCACAUCCUGGGCUGGAGGGAGUGUUGGCAACACGAGACAGAAUGAGGGGUCAAGGGGCUGCGGCCAUGCCCCCUGGAACCGGGGAAGGAGAAUUGGUGGACGGAGACGAUUCUGAUGACAGCAGUGAGUAUGAACCCUCUCUUCCAUGCCUUUGAAGGGGAGAGGACCCAGGUGUUCUGGAUCAAACCAUCUAUUCAUUCCAUGGGGGGUGGAGAGGGGUAUAGGCGGCCUGAACCACAUAUCUGAUACAUGCAUGUUCACACAUGCAGACUCUCUCUCUCUCUCUCUCACACACACACACACACACACAAAGGCUGUCAUCUUACACACCAACUCUCUUGCCUUUGUACAUUUUUACAGCCAGGUGCACAAGAGAGAAUGGCUGCAUACACACCACCUGCUGAAUUACACUGAAAGCGCAUUUACCCUCCAAAGAAUCUUGGGAUCUGUAGUUUGUUAAGGGUGCUGGGAACUGUAGCUCUGUGGGGUGAACCACAGUUCCCAGGAUUCUUUGGGGGAAAGCCAUGUGCUUUAAAUGUUGAGUGAAUGUGCAGCUAGUAGCUCUGUCUUAUGUACAUACAUACAAAAGAGUCUCAAACCAAAACAGGCACAAAUUCGAGACAUUUUCACACAUAUAAAUGUCCACAAAUUUUUCACAUACUGUCACCCAGGGCUUCACUACAAGAGUCCUGCCAGCCGCUUUUUUAUACCUAUAUUUUCUCUCCCACACACUUACUUCCUUAGACACUAUCUCUCACCUGCAUCUGAGAACGCAAGUCUUGCAUUUUGUCACAAUGCAUUUCAUACAGCGGUUCUCAGAAACACCAAGCCUUUCAGAUGAUCUAUACCUCCCAGCCCUCCCAUAUCACAAACACACGCUUGCCUAAAUGUUACACAAGAAUUCCCACUCAGAAGGGGUGCCCCCUAGAACCUCCUUUACAUGUCAAUACAUUGAGAUGGCUCUUGUGGUGUGGCCAGCCCUGUUUUCACCAUACAAUGACUCAGCAAUCACAUCACCUGGUGGGAAAGUUCUCCCUUGCACUCUCACUCACAGCCUGGCAUGCAGACCCUCAUUCUCCCUCCCUGCCUCCUUGUAUACACACAAGGCAUUCGUGAGACACACGCUGACCUGCAAGAGGAAGCCCCCCUGACCUUACUUCUGGACUUACCUCUGAAGAUAGGGAUGCGGGUGGCGCUGUGGUCUAAACCACUGAGCCUCUUGGGCUUGCUGAUCAGAAGGUUGGCACUUCGAAUCCCUGCAACGGAGUGAGCUCUCGUUGCUCUGUCCCAGCUCCUGCCAACCUAGCAGUCCGAAAGCAUGCCAGUGCAAGUAGAUAAAGAGGUACCACUGUGGCAGGAAGGUAAACAGUGUUUCCGUGCGCUCUGGCUUCUGUCACAGUGUCCCGUUGAUCCAGUUUAGUCAUGCUGGCCACAUGACCUGGAAAGCUGUCUGUGGACAAACGCUGGCUCCCUCGGCCUGAAAGGGAGAUGAGCGCCGCACCCCAUAGUCGCCUUUGACUGGACUUAACUGUCCAGAGGUCAUUUACCUUUACUCUUUACCUCUGAAGAAGCAUGGAUAGGAUUGUGCUGCACAUCUCCUGUCUCAAUAAUACAAGUUGUGCACCAAGGCUGCCAACCUAAGAAGACUCCUUUGGAAGUUGGAAAAAUGACCGAGGCCAACGUGACUGACUUCAGUCAAUGUGCUGAGAUUCAGGCCAGGGAAUGCGAUACUUCAGUGCUCAGAUAGGUGCACUCUUGGUAUACUCACAUAGGUACACACCUGUGCUCUUCUUCACACACAGGUUUGUGUUCUCUCUCUCUCAUACCUACACCUCCCCACAACUAUUUAUCGCAAACAACUUUUCUCAGUUCACACACAAGCAAAGCUUCCAAAUAUUUGCCUUCAUAUCAUUAUAGGACUAGGAGUCCCCAUCCAUCGCAAAGAUCCUAUGGCAGUUAGGUUGGGGUCUGGACAACAGAAGUAACGCUCAAGUCAAGGGCUGGCAAUCUUUCUUCAGCCUGAGGGCCCCAUUCGCCUGUAAGCAACCUUCCAGGGGCUGUGUGCCAGUGGCUACAUGGGGACUCAUCACACAAAACACAUACAUCUUUCCAUCCUGGCUCCUGAGUUGCUACCUCAGUUCAAGGAUGCAUUCCAGCCAGGCAAAAGCAGGAUGGACUGGGGAAGGUGUGGUCUGGGGAGACAGGGCUUAGCCUGGGAAGUGUCCCGAGGGCCAGACAGCGCAGCCUGGAGGGCCGCCAUUUGUUUAUUUAUUGAAUUUGUGUGCUGUGUCCUUCAUCCGUAGAUUUCAGGGAGGUUCGCAACAUAAAAAAAAGUAAAAACACAAUGCAUAAUAAAAACAAGAACAAACAACAACACAAGCCAAUAACACCCCCCCCCCAUGCACCUACACCUGAGAUUCCCUAGCCCCUGACUUAGUGGUUAAACCUGCCAGACAGAUUCGGCUUUGUUUAAGUAACUGGCACAGGUGAUGUGUUGCCAUAGGAAUUAACGGUUGGAGAGCCUUCCGAGUCUCUGUAAGAACAUUUUGUGUGCAUCCCUGCCCCCCCACCGGUCCCUAGAAGUCUUGAUGGGGGAGCAAGAUCCACUGCAGUGUUAAAGCUGUGAAUCGUGGGCCAUAAACCAUGGGGCAAACCUUGGUUCCAACUCUGCUGAGUCAGAAGAGAUCUACACCCCGAGCCCAGGUUGGGACGACAUCUGAGCGAAACCAAAGCUGAGCUCGGUGCAGCAGCAUAGCAGAAAGAGCUGGGCGGAGCCAAGCAGCUGCAAUCUCCUCUCUCAGUCGGCAGCACAGUUGUCCGUUUGCACUAAGCCGUGACUUGGCUUAGCAUGGCAGGCAAACCAGGGCACCACGUUGUACACACCCCAGCCCCAGCAGUCAUCGAGAAGCACUCUGGUGCAGAGAGCAGAAGCUUUUUGCUCCCAUAUGGUGCCGAUUCGCAAGAGACGCACACAGAGAUGCAUGAAGGAACACAGUCACACACUUCUGGGGACAAGCUCGCACAUAACAAAUGGCUCGCUCAGCCACCUUCCCUAACGAAAACAAACCCACACAAACUGACACCCUCACUGACACAACAGCCUGCCUUUGAGAGAGAGACGGUUUCGUAUUCUCGUCUACGCAUGUGCACACAACACACUUGCACGCAAGCAAGCUCGUAGAGUUGCAUGUGUAGUUACACACACCAGAAAGGAGGGAGGGAAGGAAAGGUGGAGGGGUGGAAGGAUGAAUGGAAUGGGGUGGUGGUGGUGGUAAGGGAGAGCCAGAGUGGAGGAAGACAGAAAGGAAGAUGGAUAGAUCAAGGCAGAGGGAUGGAUGGAUGGAUGGAUGGAUGGAGACAGAAGGGCAGAAAGGUAAAAUGUCCAUGCCAGAGGAUGGAUGGAUUUGGAUGGACAGAAAGCAAUUUAUGAACCAGUGCAUGUAAAGAUGCACCCAGAUGGAAAGAGGCAGGGACAAAUCUGUAGGUGGACUGACACAUAAGCUUAUUUCACACAGUCUUCCAACCAUGCAGCCUGGCUGCGUUAAGUGGGGGAGCAGCAGGAUUGCACCACUCUCCCUGUUCCCCAGCUCCAUGUGUUUCCCAGCUCUUUGUGCACAGAGCUACAAGUGUACCACUUGCACACCACAGGCUCUGUCCUUGCAGCCUGCUUCUCUCUGACCGUGUGGGGAACACCUGUGCAUGUAUGACUUGCAUGCGUGUAGGCUGUUCUGUGUACCCAGAACUGAGGUAUACAGCGGCUGGAGAUGCAGACAAAAGCAUGGUCCUCAUUUCGACUUUGUGGGUGGAAAACUGUGUGCGAAAGGGAUCUGCAGCUAAAGACCAAUAAUGUAAGUAAGAUGCAUGGAGUAGGUAGAAGCCUACUUUUUUGUCACACCAAGUUUCUACCCUAAAAUACAUGGAGUGGUAACAAUGCCUUUGAGCAUGUGCAGAGCACAGAACCUUGAGUACUACAGCUGCUCCCCAUUCACCUGAGAUCAGAAGGUAGGCCAUGCAGGUUCAAAGGGUGUGAUCACGCGACUACCAGGCAAGGUCCAACUCUGCGCUCAGAGAUCUGCCCUGGUUGCUGAUUUGAUACCAGGCCAAGUUCAAUGUGUUAUUAUUAGUAUACAAAGCCCUUAACAACUUGCUUUACCUAUGAAAUCCCCUUACCCCACAUAUUCCCACUCAGCCAUUUCAGUUGGUGGAAUUGGCACAGCUACAGGUGCCACAGAAUACCCAUUCAGCAGGGCUAAGAAAUUUGAUUGUUUAAUGCACUUUGGAACUCCCCGUCUAUUGAGAUCAAGCAGGUGCCUUCACUGUACACUUUUCAGCACCUGCUAAAAACAUUCUUGCUUAGACGAGCCUACCCAGAUGCUUAGAAAGCUGAGGUGAUUUCAAACUGUUUCCGUAUUUUAACUUUUGUAUGUUUUAAAGCAGGGCUGUGAAUUUUUCUCCAUUUUAUUGUUUUAUCUUUUUGUAGACUGCUUUGAGGGUUGUGGUUUUUACAUACAAGUACUGUAUACAAUUUAUUAAAUAAAUACAUAAAUGCUAAGAACCUCCCAUUGCUGUAAAAACAAAAAGAACAUGCGUGCACACACACACUUUUCCUAGACCUAGUGGUUGUAAAGACGGAAUCAGAACUAUAUGGGUUAUGUCUGAUAAAGUAUACCAAUGGGAAGGGAGUUCAGCAGGGUUUACUGUACUCAGGAUAUAGGGCUCUGAUGCACCACUCAGCCCCUUUGAUUCUCCCCUCCCCUGAGCAGAAGCAAAAUAAAUUAUGCAUACUUAGGUAAAUUGGCCUAACUGGCAUGAUUUAUGCAGGUCGCAGCAUAACAUCCCAGUUUUAUUAGUGCCUGGGUUAUCUGGGAGAGGUUUUGUUUAUUAUUUUUUCGAUCUCAGAGAAAAUAGCUGCAUCUAUAUGCCAGCUGGCUGACAGAUGACUUCUACACAAACCUAUAGUGGUGAGCAGUGCAGAAAGGUAGACAGGUAAUAUAGGCAGAUGGAGGGAGCUCAAUAUGCAGGCAGAUUGUAUGAUUACAAGGAAGAGAGAGGAAAAAGAAAAUUCAGAUGCGACUGACUGAUUCCUUUUCUUCAUUCUGUUUGGCACCCGAUUCCUUUCCUAGCAUCGCUUGGGACUCUUGAAUUUGACAUUCUCUAUGAUCCCGAAAACUGCACCCUUGACUGCACCAUCCUACGGGCCAAGGUAAUGAUGGCAAUCUGGCAAAGUACCCCAGAAACAACUGCUCUCCUGCAAAUGGAUGAUGCUUUUUGAUUCCGACCCGCAGGCUUUCUGCAUUCUGUGUCUCGUUUUCACAACAGAGGGACAUGAUUUAAUAAGAGAGGCCACACAAGGAGGGGAAAUCUCAUUACGGAGCCAGCGCUGCUCAUUUUCAGUCUGUUUCCUUUCUCUCGCCUGCAUUUCAACCCGUUCCUUCUCCUCCAAGCCUCUGGAAAGCAGAGAGGUUCACUCAAAGGCCCACCUCUCUCACACAAACCCCCGCGGACUUCAGCCGGCUCUGUUUGCACAACCCCUACUACCCUCACAUACAUGCCAACAAACACAAACCCCCUCUCCCCUGCCAGCUGGUGGGCUUGCAGCAUCUUCAAGCACCUCGGCGACGCGCCAGGCAACCGGGUAUCCGCAGGCAUCUGGGGUUGCCGUGGCAACAGAGAAGGGAUGGGGAAAGCAAGGGAAACAAUGCGGCAGUUCAGAACCACAGCAAAAGUAACGCUUGCCCUCCAUCAUCAUUACCCAGAGCCCCACCACCACACCUCAGGCUCCCAUUCCCCCCCCACACGACUGAUGACCAUUAAUCCACAUACCAUUCUCUUCUCUCUUUGCUCCCCCACGUUGCAGGGGCUUCCUCCCAAACUAUUCUGGGUGUGUUAACAUGAUGUGUUUUUUGUUUUUCCUGCCUUAUAUAUAACUGGAAGUGCCAUUUUCCCUGUGGCAAUCCUUCAACGAAACCAAUUUAGCUUGAUGCUUUAGCAGCGGCUCUGAACAGUGUUUAAGAAAUCACAGCACGAAGCAUUCCAAGACUCAGAAUAAUUUAUUUUAGCCACGAGUGGCGUCAAGUCUGUGUUCCCAUCAACAAAGGCAAGCCGACACUUUUAUGAGGAUUAUUCAAGAAGGCCUCUCUGCCCAAACACUUGUCUCGUCCCACAGAUUCUGCAAAGCUCACUGAGGUUCUCCCCAGAGUUCUCCUGUGUUUCUUAUGCCCCAUAAACAACCUCACUCUAAUUCUAGCUUCAUACAUAGAAUAACUACUAAACAGGGCUGCUUUUGAAGAGUGUCUAAAAACUUCCAUUGGCUCAGAAGGCAGCAACUAGCUUAUUAUCUAGGGCAGGCAUAGGCAGACUCGGCCCUCCAGAUGUUUUGGGACUACAACUCCCAUCAUCCCUAGAUAACAGGACCAGUGGUCAGGGAUGAUGGGAGUUGUAGUCCCAAAACAACUGGAGGGCCGGGUUUGCCUAUGCCUGAUCUAGAUUGAGGUGCCCAGAGCAUAUUAUUAUUAUACCAGUGCUAUAUCCAUAUCACUGGCUCCCUAUUCAUUUGCAGGCCUGAUUCAGAGUGCAAGUCUUAACCUUUAAGUCCCUAAAUCAGGGAUGGGGAAACGGUGGCCUACCAGAUGUUGUUGGACUUCAGCUCCCAUCACACCCAGCCAACAUGGCUAGUCAUCAGGGAUGAUGGGAGUUGUAGUCCUUCAGCAUUGGGGUGAGGGCACAGAUACCCCCUUCUCUGCUGUACCUGCAGUUGGGACUCCCUCCUCCCCUCCUGCUUGGACAUGUGGCUCAGCAGCUGAAACCCUGAUCUCUGUCCCUUACCCUGGCAUCUGAAAUACAGUGGAAGAGAAGGAAAACCAGGCAAAGCUAAGUUUUGGGCAGCCCAUAAGACCACCUCGUUGCUUGCUUUUAGUCAAGCAGCAGAGACCUGGCUUCUUAAGCAUUUGUAUGGAAGAGGAUAAUCCUUUGCAUUACUGAGGUAUCAGCUCAUUUAAAAAAAUAUCUAUCUAUCUGCUACAGUUUUGCUUUGCUGUUACUUGUGUUUCGGUUGUUUCUAUUUCUUCGUUAUGUUAACGACCUCAGAGGUCUGUCCAUGGAAAAGUGGGAUGUUAGCCAUGGCAUUCAAAACAUUUAUACUGUAAGUGAAGAUAUGCAGUAGAAACACUGUGCAUAAGGUCAAGACAACUGUCACACUUCUUCCUGCUUCUGUGUAGGAGUGUGGUCAUGUGUGCAACAGUCGAAGGACUGCGUGUCUGAGAAAAAAGCAUGAAGCAUUCUCUUGAGAUGUUAAUGAAAUGUAUAAGGACAAUAUUUUGUUUAAAGAGGAGCUGAUCACUGUCUUCUUAUUCUCAGGGUCUGAAACCGAUGGAUUUCAAUGGCCUGGCUGACCCCUAUGUCAAACUGCACCUUCUGCCCGGAGCCUGCAAGGUAAACAUGGCUUCAGAUUCGCCUCCACUUUCACUGUCUCACAGUUCCUGAGCCUAGCACUAUCCAAUAUACACAUGCACAGCUACCACCACCAUGCAGAGAAAAGAUGAGGUGUGUAACCAAGCUGGAGAUAUUGUGCCCCUAUAGAACAGGAGGAAGGCAGUGUUUCUCAGGCCCCAUCAGUGCCAAACAUUUAAAGCAGUAUCAUACCAUUUCAUACAGUCUUGACUUCCCCCAAAGAAUCCUGAGAACUGUAGUUAAGGGUACUGAGCGUUGUUAGGUGACCCCCAUUCCCCUCAUAGAGCUACAAUUCCCAGAGUUCACUUAACUCAUGCAUCUAUUCCUCUGGUAGGUUCUGUUCCCAGGUCAACACUGAGCAGCGACAAAUAGGUUGAAGCACAGUUCCCCCGUUUCUUUGUAGCUAAGCAGAGUACAGUGGUACCUCGGGUUAAGUACUUAAUUCAUUCCAGAGGUCCGUUCUUAACCUGAAACUGUUCUUAACCUGAAGCACCACUUUAGCUAAUGGGGCCUCCUGCUGCCGCCACGCCGCCAGAGCACGAUUUCUGUUCUCAUCCUGAAGCAAAGUUCUUAACCUGAAACACUAUUUCUGGGUUAGCGGAGUCUGUAACCUGAAGCGUAUGUAACCUGAAGCGUAUGUAACCCGAGGUACUACUGUAGCUCAUGCAGCCGGCCACUCACUCCAACAUCCAGGGAGAAAGAGAAGGAGCAAGCCAGAGCCAUGCAGCUCAGUAGACUAAGCCACAUCAAGCAAAUAUGAGAAACCAGACUAUUCUAUUGCAUGCUCUUUAAAAUACAUUCAAUAAAGCACAGUUUGGAAAAGGGGCUAUCAGUAAUUAUCAGGACAGAAUAAAUAGAAAGACAAUGAUAAUUCCAUGCCACCAUUCUCCUGCUUCCAGCCUAGGAAACAGGUACACCUCUGGUUUUACUAGAAUAUUCUGCUCUUCCAUUCCAAUGCCUCCCCGCCCCCCAAAAAACCUUCUCCUCUCCAGGCGAACAAACUGAAAACACGAACCCAGCACAACACUCUCAACCCUGUGUGGAAUGAGGCUCUGACUUACAUUGGAAUAACAGCUGAGGAUAUGGCCCGGAAAACUCUGCGGUAAGACCCCCCGCCCCGCUGACUUAAAAUCCCAAUCUACAGGGUCCUCUUUCAUUCCCAUGCUCCCUUUGGCAUUCACACCCUUGGAUCCUUUUUCUCUCUUUCUGCUUCCCAGAAUCUCCGUCUGCGAUGAGGACAAACUGACCCACAACGAGUUCAUUGGAGAGACCCGGGUGCCCCUGAGGCGCCUCCAGCCUGGACAGAAGAGACACUUCAAUCUGUGCUUGGAAAGACAACAACCAGUGAGAGUCGAGCAUAAGCCAACUGCAUAUCUCAAAAUGAGUCAGGAAUCAGGAUCUAUUGGUUUAUUUUAUGGAUAAGGAUCCUCAAGCACAUCCUCUGGCUGCUUGGCUGCCCAGUCCCUUGUCCCCCUGUCCCAAUCCCCACUAACAGCUCGCAGGCCCUCCUCUCCCUGGGACCUGCCUGAGCUUCUCCCCUGCUCUGCCAAACUCAGUGCUUUCUGCUGAUCACCAGCAUCUCAUAACUGAUUCUUCUUCACCAGCAGUUGGAAUAGUUGUGGCGUAAAAAGCCCAGCUAACUCACGACGAGUGGAAGUGAAAAGACUUGUAGGCAGCAACCUGCCUGUAGCAUAUUUUAUGCACGUGAUUUUUGUGAUCCUCCAGUGGGCUAGAAGGUGUCUCAGAAGGGGCAAGGAGGGGAGAUAACUCGGGAUUUUGAGUGGUGAGGGUGGGUCUCCUUGCUGCUCCUCAGCGACCAACAAAAGCAAAAUACGUCACCUUAUCAGCAAGUGUGCAGUUCCAUUCUACAAUUUAAUACUGUUCACAGAAUUCAGAUUUUAUGGGUGUAGUAGAUUAACACAUCUCUGUCUUGUCACUGAUUCCACCCACCCACCCCCAUGUGCAGAAUAUAUUGCAUUUUGAUUCUAUUGGGUUAAUCCCUUAUGCCUACAAGUCAUCAUACUUGUGUACCGGUCUGUACUUCCAAAUGUCAAGGGAGUUUUUCCUCUCCCCCCUCUGUGCACUUGCUCACUCACUCUGUCCCUUGACUCCUCCAACUUUGCUCAUGUUUCUGUUUGGAAGAGCAGGGAAAACAGAUUUUUUUUCUCAAUCCUCACUUCCCUCAACAGCUGGCAUCCCCUUCUUCCAUGACAGCAGCUCUGCGUGGCAUCUCCUGUUACCUGAGAGAGGUGAGAGCGUAUUCCCGCCCCCUUCCUAUUCCUAGCAUUAUAAAACCUGUAGCUUAAGAGUGAGGAACAUGAGGGCCACAUUUUUUCAGCCUGAGGGCCACAUUCUCUUCUAGACAACCUUUGAGGGGGUUACAUGCCAAUGGUGGGUGGGACCAGAGCUAAAAGUGGACAGAGCAACAAAUGUGAAUUUUACCUCUGCACAAUUUCAACACACACACACACACUUUACACGCCCUUUUUACCCUCAAUCCAAGCAAGCAGGAACCAUUAUCCGAGUUCAAGGACUUAUUCCAGCCAGGCAAAAACACCCAAGGAAGAUGCAAAUCAGGGCUGGUGUUUGACCCUGGAUAAGGGUCCCAAAGACCAGAUACAGAAGCUUGAAGACCCACAUUUGGUGCCCGCCGUGAUGUAUCUCUUGAUACAAUUUAUUUAUAUAAUUAGGGGCCAGAACUUAAGCCUGCCAAGCAGACUCUUUCCCCCAAAUAUUGUGAAGAAAAGCUGUAUGGUCCACUGCAGCAAAGUGAUUACAAUGUUGGGCUAGGAGUGGAGGGCCCCAGUUUUUUAAUUCCAAUUUCAACCAUUUAAAAAAUUUAUCAUGGAGACUUCCAGUCAACACCUCUCAACCUAAGCUACCUCACAAGGCUGUUGUGAGGAGAAAAAGCGGGGGGGGGGGGGGAGAGGGUAAACAUGUACUUUGGUUAUUUUUAGGAUUUUACCCUGCUAUCAUGCUCACCCUCAGACACAUCUUUCUUCUAAACCACUUCAGAGGUUUAUUAAUUAUUACUACUACUACUACAACAACAACAGUCAAGUGGUAUAUUCAUUUUGUGACAUAAAUAGGGUUGAGUCAGAAAUAAGUUGCCAGGCUGAAAUUUUGGGCAAGCGAAGUGGAUAGUGGGCCUAACAGGAUAGAGGAGCAAGUCAAUGUUAGCAGGCAUUGUGCCAGGGAAAUGCCAGGGAGAGCUGCCUGCCAAGGAUGGGUGAAGGAGGCCCGAGAGGCCUUCCAAAGCCUUAACCUGGGGUGUCAAAAUGCCCAGGGCCAGCCCUGACAGGCUGCAAAGGUUUGUUUUUGGGAGGAUGCUGGGUGGAUAUUUUGCACAAAAGCACUCCAUGCUCUUUCCUUUUCCUCACUCCAUAGCUAGAACCCCCAGCCGGCUGGGCCCUGGAAGAAAGGGGUCGUAUCCUGCUCGCCCUCACGUACAUCUCCGAGCACCGUGGAUUGCUGGUGUCUAUUCUUCGCUGUGCCCACUUAGCUGCCAUGGAUGUGUGUGGAUACUCAGACCCUUAUGUAAAAACGUGAGGAACUGUGCUUACACUUGACCCUAAGAGAGAGGCCUACCCUUUCCUUAGCCUGCAGACAUAUUCAGAAGACUAAAAGAAAAAGGAAACCCCAUUUUAAGGAAAGUUUUCAGGGAUUGUUUUUAAUGACCCUGGAAUUAACUUCGUUACAAUGCUGUGUUUGUGUAGUCAUUUUGCAUUUUCUUCUAUAUUUCUGGCAUUUUGAGUUUACAUUUUGCAGCUGUACGGUGGUGGUUUUUAGCACUUGCAUGCAGAAUUUUAAGGGUGGCUCGCAGCCUUUUGGGGGAAGGAGACAGAAAGGAAGGCGACAAAUAGUCUAGACAAACAGGCUCAGUCCCCGUUGCUGUUUUGGCAGGUACCUGAGGCCAGACGUAGAGAAGAAGUCAAAGCAUAAAACAACCGUGAAGAAGAAGACGCUGAACCCAGAAUAUAAUGAGGUGAUGAAAGAAGGACGAGUGAAGUAACUGCAUGUUCUGGGACUUGGGAGGCAGUCAGAGCGAGGGGAGGUUGAAGAGCCAACAUGCUUCAAUAAUUCUAAUUCUGUCUCUUUUCUGUGCCCAACAGGACUUUUUCUACGAGAUCGAACAGUCAGAGCUUGGUCAGAAAUCCCUGGAGAUAACAGUUUGGGAUUAUGACAUUGGGAAAUCUAACGACUUCAUUGGUGAGAAGAGCAAGAGGAGGAGGUGGCCGGGUUACAAAAUGUGGAUAUUCCUUCUGGGACCCUCAACCAACGUCAUAGAUUUAUAAAGUGGCUCUCUCACGGGACGUUGGGAACUGCCAUUUCUUGUGGGUGGCUGUCCCUGUGAUAAGAUUUGCAGAUGCCUCGCCAAAUUAAAGCUCCCAAAAUUCUUUGCUAGAGAAGUCACAACACCAAAACUGGUAUAAAAAAAACAGAGGCAUGCCCACUAUUUCACAGGAUGACCCACGAGGGGAAUCCCUGUGCUUCAGGAUAGAAGGCGCUAUUUGCAAACAUCAAGAACCAAUUUAUCUUUCUUUUACAGGUGGUGUGACCCUCGGUCUAGGGGCCCCUGGAGAAUGCAGACAGCACUGGCUCUCAUGCCUUCAGACCCCCGACUGCCGCCUUGAGCACUGGCACACGCUCACCAACGAGCUCCCAGAAUCCUCCACUUUCGGCCCCUGA